AUGUUGAGAUUUGUAAACUCGGAAGCUUUUGACAUCUCUGGUUGGAAAGAGUUGGAAUCUUUAUCGCAAAAUGGGUUAAGCUUAGUUGGGCAUCGUUUUAUUACGAUUGUGGAUUGUCCCCAGUUGGUGUCUUUGGAAACAGAGGAGGAGAGAUUGCAACUUGACAAGAUUCCAGGUGUUGAAUCUCUGGAAAUAAGGGAUUGUGAAAGGCUCAAUAGACUACCAGAAAUCUUACAUGCUUUCCCAUUCAUUACAAGAAUAAAACUUGAAAAGUGUCCAGGCUUGGUUUGUUUUGCAAAGAGGAACUUUCCCCCUGCUUUAAAAGAGCUGGAGAUUUGCGAAUGUGAGAAUUUGCAAUAUUUGGUUGAUGAAAACGUAAAUAAUAAGAGUAUGAGUAGCAACACUUGUCUACUCGAGCAUUUGGAAAUACGAGACUGUCCAUCUCUAAUAUGGUUAUCAUCAAGGGGCGAUAUAUGCAAUCGGCUUCAACAUCUCAAAAUUGAAAGUGGAUCAAAGCUAAGAAGCUUAUUUUUAAAUUCCAAGUUACCAGUAAUGCUUAAACAUCUAGUUAUUUUGGAUUGUCCGUUGUUGGAAAGCAUAGCCCAAAAUUUCCAUGAAACUGUUGAUCUCGAAAGUAUUAGAAUUUCUAAUGCUGAAAAUAUUAAAUCAUUACCAAGAGGAUUGGACAAGCUCAGUCAUCUUCAAGAGAUUGAAGUUGAUGGGUGCCUAAGUGAUCAUUGUGAAAAUUUUAGAGCCCUUCCCAAGUGCAUCAACAACUUCACCUCCCUUCGAGAAUUAAAAGUGCGGGAGUGUUCGGCUGACCUAUCCUUUCCAGAGGAGGGUUCCCCUACCAACCUCGCAUCACUUGAAAUCUUAAACGCACCCAAAAUUUAUACAUCACUUGUUGAGUGGGGAUUAAACAGAUUCACCUCUCUUCAAGAACUCCAAAUCAGUGGUGAAGGAUGCUCAAGUCUCAUGUCGUUUCCAGAAGAAGGGAUAGGAAUGACGCUGCCUCCUUCUCUCAGAUCUAUCUGCAUUGAAAAUUUUGAGAAUUUGGAAUACAUGUGCUCCAAGGGCUUUCAACACCUCACCUCUCUUCAACAAUUGCGAAUCUAUGCUUGUCCUAAGCGCACAUCUCUUCCGGAAAAAGAUAUGCUUCUCUCCCUUGAUAGUCUAUCCAUUUGGGGUUGUCCGUUGCUAGAAGAAGGGUUCAGUAGGGGCAAAGGACGAGAGUGGUCCAAGAUUGCCCACAUACCUUUUGUGUUUAUUCAAGCUGAGGAUGCGAAGAAAGAGAAUGUUCCUUCAGCUUCCGACAGUUUAGCUAUGAAUGUUGAUGUUUUGGAUGAGACAUCAAAUGGAACCCAAAGUUCCAGAAGCAACAAUAAGCUUGUGGAUGUUGAAGAUGAACUUCAAGUUUAA